AUGGGUAAAGUAUUGGGAAUAGAAAUGAAUGGUCAGGAAGCUGAAGUUCUGAAGAAGAUUGUGGACCUUGAAGUUAAAGACAUAGAUCAGAUGAUCCUAUCUUGGAACAUUAGAGGAUUAGGUCGGCAGGAAAAGAAGGGGAAGAUUCGGAAAAUUCUGAAGGCUAGAAAUGUCGAUGUAGUUUUCCUUCAAGAAACCAAAAAAUCGGCAGUAGCUGAAAAGGAAGUGCGAACACUGUGGGCAAGAAAUAAGAUGGAUUUUUUGGCAGUGGAUUCUAAAGGCCUUGCUGGGGGACUACUAUGCAUUUGGGAUCCAGAGUGUGUGUUCGGGGUAAGCUGUGGGGAUCACUUGAUAAAGCUCAGGAGAGAGUUUCCCAACCCCUGGUGUUUGUGUGGUGACUUUAAUGAAAUUAAAAGUAUUGGUGAAAGAAAAGGAUGCAUUAGAAGAGAUAAAGGGAUGAGAGAGUUCAUUGACUUUAUUGACAAAUGUGAAGUGCAGGAUAUGCCUUUACUUGGCAGAAAAUAUACUUGGUGUAACUCAUUAGCUGGUGAAAAGUGGAGUAGAAUAGACAGGGUGUUAGUUGAUCCUCAAUGGCUGGAGGUGUUCAAUUUAAAAUUGUGGGGUCUCCCAAGGCUCAUCUCUGAUCACUGUCCUUUGUUAUUGAUGGAAGAUGAUCGAGACUGGGGCCCGAAACCGUUUAGAGUAAUUAAUGCUUGGAGCCUUCAUCCAAGCUUUCCAGCUUUUGUGGAGAAGCUAAAGGAAGCAGAGGAGGAAUUGCAUCAUUUAGAUCUAUCUGCGGAGUCUAGAGACCUGGACAAUUCAGAGAAAGAUAGAAGAAGGGUCAUCAGAGAUCAAGUAUGGAGACUAAGCAGAAUGGUUGAGUGGCUGUGGUUGCAAAAAUCAAGGCUCAAUUGGAAUUUGAAAGGGGAUAGAAAUACUAAAUUUUUUCAUGUGGUAACCAAGAGUAGACAGAGUAGAAAUGAGAUCUCUUCAAUUUCUGUGGAGAAUGUGCUGUAUGAAGACCCUGCUCAGGUUAGGAAAGCGGCUUUUGACCACUUCAGAAAUCAAUUCAAAGAGGACUGGAGAAGUAGACCCAAGCUUGGUGGUCAGUUUAAAUCAAUUCUUGACUGUCCUGGUUUUGACAGUUUGGAAGUUGCCUUUUCAGAGGAAGAAAUCAAAGCUGCUGUGAAGGGCUGUGAUGGCAAUAAAGCCCCUGGGCCAGAUGGUUUUAACUUGUCUUUCUUCCAGAAAUUUUGGAAAUUUUUGAAAUCUGACUUGCUGCUUGGUGAUUAUAGACCUAUAAGCCUUGUUGGUUCGGUUUAUAAAGUCUUAGCAAAAGUCCUGGCAAGCAGACUAAAAGGAGUGCUCCCUCACAUCAUCAGUACUGCUCAAUCGGCUUUCAUUGGUGGCAGAAACAUCUUGGAUGGUAUUUUAAUUGCCAAUGAAAUAGUGGAUGGCUGGAGAAAAUCCAAAAUGAGGGGUGUGAUUAUCAAGCUGGAUUUUGAGAAGGCCUUUGACUCUGUUAAUUGGUGCUACCUAUCAUCUAUGGUCUUGAAUUUCGGGUUUGGAGUAAAAUGGAUUAGUUGGAUUAAAGAAUGUAUCUCCACUGCCAAACUCUCUGUGUUAGUCAAUGGGUCACCAACAGAGGAGUUUCCCCCUCAAAAGGGUUUCAGGCAAGGUGACCCCCUAUCUCCAUUCUUGUUCAACAUAGCUGCUGAGGGCCUCAAUAUCCUUAUGUCUAGAGCUCAGCAGCAUGGUCUGAUUAAGGGGGUGAAUGUGGGGUCUAGUGAAGUGUUGUUAACACAUCUACAAUUUGCCGAUGAUUCUAUUUUGUUUUGCGAAGCUGAGGAAAUGGAGGUGUGCAAUAUUAAGAGGGUCUUGAGGUGUUUUGAAGUGAUCUCUGGGCUGAGAAUAAAUUACCAUAAGAGUCUGGUGUGUGGGGUUAAUGUCCCUGAGGAGUCUUUAUCCGAAUUUGCAGCAAGAUUACAUUGUCAACCCAAGACUCUCCCUUUGAAGUACUUGGGGCUGCCUUUGGGAGCUAACCCAAAUAAGAAGUCUACUUGGAAGCCUGUCCUUGAUAAAGUCAGAAGCAGACUUGCAGGUUGGAAAAGGAAGCUGCUAUCAUCCUCAGGGAGGCUCACUCUGCUAAAAUCUGUGUCCUCUGCGUUGCCUAUGUUUUACCUAUCCUUAUUUAAAAUGCCUGUAGGGAUAGCUAGAGAAUUUGACAAGCUGCAGGCUAAUUUUCUUUGGGGAGGGUCAGAAUCAAAGAAACCAAUUCACUUGGUUAAGUGGGAUGAUAUAACAAAGAAUGUGAAACAGGGGGGUUUAGGUGUCAGGCGAGUUAGGUUGGUUAAUGAUUGUAUGCUACUAAAAUGGUGGUGGAGAUUUGGCUCCGAGAAAGAUGCCCUGUGGAGAAAAAUAAUCUGCAGCAAGUAUAAUUUGGAUGUAAACAGCUGGAGCCCCUCUUCCUUCCCUAGCAGCAGGCUCUCUUGUGUUUGGAAAGGUAUCAUAUCUAUACCAGAGAGGAGAAAUAGCCUGAUGGUAUUUUAUCUCAAUAACGUUCAUAUCAAGGUAGGGGAUGGGAAUAGAACAUUCUUCUGGAAGGAUAUAUGGUGCAGCAAUUCUAGCUUGAAAGAUGAAUUUCCAACUCUUCACAGACUGGAUGUGAACAAGGAAGAAACCUUGAGAUCAAUAUAUGACAGGAGGGUACAUUCAGGGGCUUGGAAUUUUCAAUUCAGAAGAAGGUUAUAUAAGUGGGAAGAGAGGGAAGUUAGUAGGCUUAAUUUGCUCCUGGCUUCUGCAUCUGCUCCAUGUUCUGUUCUGGAGGACAAAUUAGUCUGGUUGGUUGAAGGAUCUGGGUUAUUUUCUGUCUCCUCUGCUUAUAAUAAUAAAAUUGACUCCCUUAGUCCCUCUCUCAUUUCUUGUAAGUUUGUUUGGAACUCUUUUGCCCCUCCUAAGGUUCAAUUCUUCUGUUGGUUAGCAUGGAGAAACAGAAUCAAGUCAGCUGAUUUUCUUCAGAAAAUUGGAGUGAUACAAGCCAAUGCUCCUGCUGCAUGUGUUUUUUGUAAUUCUGAGCCUGAAUCUUCUACUCAUCUCCUGCUGCAUUGCUACUUUGCAUGGAAGGUUUGGGCUGAUAUGAUGGACUGGUGGGAGUUGAAGGGGGCUAUUCCAGGUUCAGUAGAAGGUAUACUUCACUGGUGGGCUGGUGUGUCUUUGAACAGGAAAGAAAAAUGGAUAUGGAAGUUGCUGUCUCUGAGUCUCUGUGCUGGUGGGAUGCUUCUGUCUAGUGGGCUGCUUGGUUGA